ACAGAGAGAGAUAAGAUAUAAUAUGAUAAUCCAAAAAUCAAAGCUAAUAGACUAGGAACACAGCCAGAGUUACGAUACAUGAGAAAGGUUUAAUCACUUUUAUUUGGGAAACACACUUGUUAAGUGAAUGCAACUUGUGGUAAACCGGAUAGACCAUGUAAAGAAUUUAUUUUUCCACUGAUUCUCAUCAUCGCUGUCAUUCUCAUUAUUCUUCUGUAAUUAUUUUUUCAUCAGCGAUGGCUGAUUGAACUUCUGUGAGACUCAGUCGGUUCCACCGCCCAGGGUUAAGUAACUGAGAUUAAACAAGGCUGUUAAUUGUGUUUAUUUCCGCUAUAACCGCAGGCUGAUGAGACGGAGCAGUAAGGGCCGCGGGUCGGUGCUUUCUCCUCGGUCUGUGUCCACACUCAGAUGGGAGUGGGAGGCGAUUACAGACUUGAUUAUUUUCGUCUGUCUGAACCUCCUCUACCACCAGCGCGGGUGCCCCGUUUCUUUUGUGCUCCUUUCGAACGCCUCGCGGGGCUGCUGCUCGGCCGCGCGCACUCACGCACGCGGGUCUGCAGAAUCCAUGCAGCUCCUCCUCGAGGGGGUCGCGGCGAGAGCCCCCACCCCCCUCGUCUCUCUUUCUCUCCCCCCGCGGCUCCUCCUGCGCCCGCCUCGGCACCGAUUGUUGACAAAAGACGCUGCGAGACGGAGCGAAGGAGCGCAGACCCCGGUACUGGUGAGCAGAUCUGCCCGUUAACUUGACUUCUUUUUCCGAACAGUUAGAGGAGAAGAAGAUCGGGACGGCGGGGAGGGGGACGAGGACUCUUCCGUUCCUAGAAAACCGUGUGGCCGAGGUGAUUCGGCUGUCGGUGGUGGUCGGACCGCAGCAGGCCGGCGUGAAGUGGACGCCCCCUCGCCCCCCUCCACCUCCUCCUUUCUCAUCUCCUCUCUCCUUCCUGAGAACCACCCGCGAUUGCUUUUUACCGACAAAACCAGCGGCCAAGAUGGGUCAGUCACUGUGAGUCGAAGCGCCAGACCAGAGCUACAGGAAGAGGCGGCGGCCUCGGGCAAGUCUAUUCAGCCGGUUAUGGUGUGAGCUGAGACGGCCAGGCAGUCUGGAUCUGACCGGGGACCCGUCAUUCCCCCGGAGCCUCCGCGGCUCCAAGCCGCGUCCUGAGCCCUCCAAGAUGGGGAAGUGCGACGGAAGAUGCACACUGCUGGUGAUAUGUUCGCUGCAGUUGGUGGCAGCCCUCCAGAGGCAGGUGUUUGAUUUUCUGGGCUACCAAUGGGCUCCCAUCCUGGCCAACUUCCUGCACAUAAUGGCAGUCAUCCUGGGCAUGUUCGGCACUGUGCAGUUUCGCUUCAGAUACCUCAUCUUUUAUGCAGUAUGGCUGGUCCUGUGGGUGGGUUGGAACUCAUUCAUUAUCUGCUUCUACCUGGAGGUUGGAAACCUGUCACAGGACAGGGACUUUCUCAUGACAUUCAACACAUCUCUCCAUCGCUCGUGGUGGAUGGAACAUGGACCUGGUUGCCUGGUAACGCCAGUGCUAGACUCUCGCAUGGCCCCCGAUGACCACCAUGUCAUCACUGUCUCUGGGUGUCUUCUGGACUACCAGUACAUAGAGGUGUUGAGUUCAGCCAUUCAGAUCCUACUGGCACUCUUCGGCUUUGUGUACGCCUGCUAUGUGAGUAAAGUCUUCCAGGAUGACGAGGACAGCUUUGAUUUCAUUGGUGGCUUUGACUCAUAUGGCUACCAGCCUCCUCAGAAGUCCUCUCAUCUGCAGCUGCAGCCUCUUUACACGGCUGGUUAACAGUAGGUAGCGCCCCCCUCAGGCCAAACCCUGACGGUGUCACUGUGGACAGAAAGCGGCGGUUGCCUUGAUUACAGUCACUCUGUGUGUCACAGUGCGUCACAGACUUACCCCACCCGGAGGGAGAGACGUAUGUGCGUGUGUGCAUGUGUGCUUGUGUCUGCGAAAGAGAAAUUCAGCCCUGAACAGAAUGUACAGAGCUCAGGGAAGAACCAGCAUGCCAGGUGGCGUGAUGAGAUGAAGGAGAAGGAGGGGAGAUUCAGAGAAGCUGGGGACACCUUUGUCAACUCACGGACGACACACUUCACUAAACUGCCAGCUCUCAACACUCCAACAACUGUGCGCGCGCGUGUGUGUGUGUGUGUUUGAGUGAUUGUGUAACUGCACAGGACUAGCAGGUGCUUCGUGGUUGCACCCUGGACUCUUACCACUCUGUGUCCCUGUGAUUUUUUUUUUUUUUCUUUUUGGGGCGGGGUAGGUGCUCAU